UGAGAAAUGAGGAUAAGGCAUUUCUCUCUCUCUCUCUCUCUCUCAUAUGACCUCAUCAACUCUCUCUCUCUCUAAAACCUCUUUCUCUUUCUCUCUCUCUGUAUCCGGUUUUCCUUCAUUUUUGUCUCUGUAUAAUCUGUAUAGAGUUAUCUACAGCCCAACCUGUAUAAAUUGAUCCAUUUUUCACACCCAAUACUUCAGAUGUGUGUUGCUUUCGUGAGUAAUAGUUGCAGUGAUAGCAAUCAGAUCCAAUCCCAAGGGUUUUCUCACUGGAUGGGGAUCUAUAACAUUUCGGACUCCACCCUAUUCAACGGAGGUAAUCCUUGGACCAGCAGGCUGUCGACUGUUAAGGAGGAGGAUGAUUCAUCCAGUUCUUCAUCUAUCGGCAAGAACAGUGACGCCGGAGGAGGUGAUUCCGAUGACGAAGUUCAGAGCAAGGAUAAUGGACCGCUGAACCAGUUAAACGACUUGGAGAAAGUCUUGCCCAUCAAAUUGGUGUCGGUGAUUGUAUGUCAUUUAGACAUGCAUGUGCGAUUCCAAUUGUUUUUACACCUCUUCGGAGGGGGAUAUCGUCGUUCUAUGCCGGAAAAUCAAAAUCAUAUGGAAACCUAGCGGACGCGACAUCUGUUCAAUCGAUUCAAGACAUUGUUAAGCCGGAAGAUGCUUACACCCGGAAACGCAAGAACAUGAUUGCUCAUACUGUUUUAUUUGAAAAGCUUCGUAAAUCCUCCACCGAUAGUUCUGACGCAUCAAAGCGACUUGCCAACUCUACCACAACUGGCACCCAUGCUCCUUCUCUUCCACCCUUGCCCCCAAACACUAUUAAUGAAUCAUCAAAUUCCUCAUCUCCUUCUCCAUCUCCAUCUGCAUCCGCAUCUCCUUCUCCUCGAAUGUAUUAUUUCCCAUGGAGAUCAUUAUCUCUCUCAGAUUUGCACCAUGCUUCGAGUAUCACUGACUCGGUGAUUAACGAAAGAGACAAGGAGGAUGAGCAUUAGGUGUAGCUCUGUGAAUGAAGAUAGAAUCUGAAAAAUAGUUGUUUCUGCCUUUCUGGUGUAAAGUGUUUAUGUUUUUUUUUUUUUUUUUUUUUCACAAUUUCUG